CUACAUUUAUGCUUCAUCUAUAAUACAUUAUAGUGUGAGUAGUAUCCUUUCGAAAUUAAUAUGUAUAAAUAGAAUUUCCCUUGAUAUACAUAAGCUCUAUUAUACUCAAUCUUUUACGCAUUUACACCCGUAUCACCCUACCGAAAUACAUCAUCAUAUCAACCACAUGACGUAUGUCAACAAUCGGAUAUCAUGACAGCAAUACCAGAAGACCAAGAGAAAAACUACGAGAUAUUCCUAGACUGUCUCUCAACUGCUCUGAUCGAGAAAAUCUCACAACCCCAAGCAAAACCAAAACGAAGGACCAAACCCAAGUCCAAAAAGCCCACAUCUACACCACCACAGACCAAGUCCGCAAAUCCAGACCCGGAAACAGAAGCAGACACCGACCUAACCAGCGCCGACGACCUCGCCGACUUCGCCGGGUACAUAGCAACCACAACCUUCCACUCCCUCCCCAGCGACCUCAAAACCCUAGACUACUACCUCUGGACCAGAUCCCCAUCCCUUCAAACAACCUACACCCUCCCAUUCACAGGCACCUCCAUACCCCCUCUCCCAACCCUCGACCCGGCCAUCGCCGACUCGCUAUCCACGUACUCCAUAACCCGUGAACCAACACAAGGCAUCAAUGAAUUCCUCGCACCAAUCCUAACCCACUACCUCUCCCUCAUCACAAAACCACCCCCAGCCCCGCGCGCCACGCUCAAAGAAGCAACCGGCUGUGAAAUCUGUGAAAGAAAUUAUAUCCCACUAUCAUACCACCACCUAAUCCCACGAUUCGUGCAUUCCAAAGCAGUGAAACGCGGAUGGCAUAAAGAGGAAGAUUUACAGAAUGUAGCUUGGCUAUGCGGUGCUUGUCAUCGCUUCGUGCAUCGUUUCGCCGGACAUGAGGAGCUUGCGCGGAGGUAUUAUACGGUGGAGUUAUUGAUGGAGGAUGAGGGUGUGAGGAGGUGGGCGGAGUGGGUUGGACGGUUACGGUGGAAGGGGCGGUGAUAUGGUGCUGGGGAAGAUGUGAGGAAGAAAUGUGAAUUAAUGGUUAAUAUUAUGAGAUGAUACUCAGGCCUGUUUUAGGGUGCGAACCUAGAUACCCGGUUGCAUCAUGUGGAAAUAGCAUAUAAAAGCGCCUAGGAAAUACAUCACUAAUGAUUAAUGGUGUGCAUCUAUAUAACUUAUCUCACGAAAAU